GAUGAUCGCCAGAUAAGAAACCAUAAUAUACUCAAAUAUCUAAUACUACGAACUGUUCAGCAAGUGGCGUUCAGGUAACGCAGACGAACUGACGAAGUCUUAUCACUGAUUUUGUUGAUAAAUCUUUUCGAAUAUGGCAUAUUCGAUUUACAUAAUUCGCGAUUAGUACGAGAAUUCUCGUUGGUUCAGUCUCAGUGUUUCAUCGUGCAAGUUUUAGGUGGCUAAUUGAUUCAAGUAUAGAUACGAUAUUUUCCCCGUAAAAGUUUUGGUACCAAUACAAAAUGAGCUCUCCAGCUAUCGGUAUUGAUUUAGGCACUACGUACUCGUGUGUUGCUGUACUACAGCGUGGAAAAAUUGAAAUUAUCGCCAACGAUCAAGGUAACAGAACAACGCCAAGUUACGUGGCAUUUUCCGAUGAAGAAAUUUUAAUAGGAGAGGCUGCGAAAAAUCAAGCAGCGAGGAAUGUGAAUAAUACCGUUUUUGAUGUUAAGCGACUGAUAGGCCGAAAAUUUAAUGAUGCCACUGUUCAGGCCGAUAUAAACCACUGGCCUUUUCAAAUCAAUGUAUAUGAGAACAAACCAAGUAUCCAAGUUCAAUUCCAAGGCACUGAUAAAACGUAUUUUCCUGAAGAGAUAUCCGCGAUGGUAUUGCAAAAAAUGAAAGCGACCGCUGAAGCGUAUUUGGGUAAAACAGUCAAGAAUGCAGUAAUCACCGUACCAGCUUAUUUCAACGAUUCUCAAAGACAGGCUACAAAAGAUGCCGGUACCAUCAGCGGUCUAAAUGUAUUGCGUAUUAUUAAUGAACCUACUGCUGCUGGUUUUGCUUACGGUUUAGAAAAUAAAAACUCUGCCAAGCAAACGGUUUUAAUUUUUGAUUUCGGCGGAGGAACCUUCGACGUAUCCAUUUUAGCCAUUCAAAACGGUGUAUUCGAAGUUGUUUCAACCGCCGGUGAUACUCACUUGGGAGGUGAAGAUUUCGACAUCCGAAUGGUUGAGCAUUUCGCUCGAGAAUUUCAACGUAUACACAAGCGAGAUAUCAGUCAGACCUGGAGAGCUCUACGCCGUCUACGAACUGCCUGCGAGGCAGCAAAAAGAACUUUAUCAUCGUCUAAGAUAGCCAGUAUCGAAAUCGAUUGUCUCUACGAUGGGAUUGAUUUCUAUAGUCAGAUCUCUCGUGCUCUUUUUGAAGAAUUGAACAUGGAUUUAUUUCAAAAUGCGAUGGCACUGGUUGAAAAAGCAAUUCUAGAUGCUAAGAUCAAUAAAACUCAUAUCGAUCAAGUGAUCUUAGUUGGCGGAUCAUCUCGAAUCCCAAAAAUACAAAACAUGUUGCAAGCUUUGUUCGUGGGAAAGACGUUGAACAAAUCUGUCAAUCCGGAUGAAGCUGUAGCCUACGGAGCCGCCGUUCAAGCUGCCAUACUUAACGGCGACCAAUCAUACAUCGUGCGGGAUUUAGUGUUGAAAGACGUUACGCCAUUGUCAUUAGGUGUUAGGGUGGCUGGACAUAGAAUGGCAGUGGUUAUCAAACGUAAUACAGCCAUUCCGGCUAGAAUGACGAGUGUUUUCACCACAACUGUGAAUUAUCAAACUGUAAUGAUUUUCAAAGUAUUCGAAGGAGAAUACACUACAACGAAUAAUAACCAUUUACUUGGCGAAUUCAGGCUUGAGAAUGUGCCUUCUGCUCCUGCCGGUGUAACAUUAGCUGAUGUGACAUUUGACAUCGAUUCCAACGGUAUUUUAAACGUAACCGCUGUCGAAAGAUCAACCCGUAAUUCCAAUCGAAUUACCAUCAAGCGGGAUACAGGUCGUCUUACUCAGGAGCAAAUUUACCGUAUGGUUCAAGACGCUGAAAGAUGCUUGGAGACCAUGGUGCUGUGAAAGGCAUACGUUGAAUUUUAAUUUUGGCCAAUCAUAUUUCGUAAAGUUGUUCAAUUAUGUACCUACUUACGCGUAUAAACUGCUUAUGUUGAUUCAAUUUCCUUCGGAAGGAUUAGCUCGUCGAUUUAGAAAAAUUAUCGAAUUAUGUGAUUACUUGAGGAUUUUCAUUUUUUUAGAUCAGUAUUUUGCUCAAGAAUUAUUUUUGUGUUACGUGAUUUAUUUUUAUACUUGUGAGUUGAAUUUUUCCUCCUGUGAUUACUCUAGUCUUAAAUUGAAUUCGUUAUGAAUGAAAUAUGCACCUAAUUAUAUUCGUGCUCUUUAUAAAA